GAGCAAUAAAACGGAGAAAUACGUGGCACCGCCGCUCGUCAGACCGCAGUUUCGCGGUGACUGGGAUGUGACGGUCGAAAGUUCGACCUACCGCUCGCCACGACUGCGGAACCCCAAGCCGCCCAGAAAUUUUAUCGAGUUACCUCGUUCAGUUUUUGCAGACGAACCGGAAACGAAAAGGUUCCUGGAAGACGAUGAAGUCGAGGUCAUUGAGGGCACGGCUGUUGGUGCAGAUAGUUGCGUGACCACUGCGGUCUUGCAACAACGAAAAGCAGCUGCGGAGGACGCAAGAAAACACCGCAGCUCGGCAAGUCGGGCCAGCGGCAAGUACGUAGAUUCGGAUUACGUAACCCUAACCAUCGGGCCAGCGAGUUCUCUGCACACUUGUUCACCAAGAGCUGAAGCCGCCCCUGACACUACAACAACUGCAGUGCGGGAAAGCGACUCAAUCAGCAGACCGACCUCGUCGGGGAAGCCAGCGCUCUCCCCGUCCCCGUAUAAGCGCAAUCUUUUCCCCCUUCAACCGAGACCCGUGGACGAGGUCUUGUUGAUGCAGGCCUGUUACAACGACAAGCAUGCCUUUUCCCGUAUUCUCGCAGGUGGGUACAUCCGUCGUCUGACGCUCUCCGCGGUCUUCGGGUUGUUCGUGCAAACGAGAACCGGCGCGCAGUCGCCGACGCCCUUGUCCCCGCACAACGGCCGCAUUACCACUGCAGGUCUGACGCACCAAAAGUAUUUUGUGGACAACUGGCUGAGUCGACAACCGGACAAAGUCGCCACCAGUCCGCGCCGCGAGCCCUCCCACCACGAGCAGGGCACGACGAGUUUCCGGAAUUACCAGUACGGCGGCUCCUCGUCUUCCACCGCACCGGCCCGCGUGCGGGGGUCAAGCAACUACAUCUCGCCCUUGAACAGUGCCAGAAGGGGAACUGUGGAGAAGCAUUUGUCGCCCCCAAUUCGUGUUGUGGAUCCGGUUCUUAACCAGGAGAAAGUUUUGGCCGAUGCGGUGAGGACUUACCUGCAAAUAGGCGAAGAUCAGCGGUGCCUGUACAACCCAGACCCGAUCAUCUUUCGCUACCUCCUCACGAAUUCCGCCCACGUGCCGCGCGUCGAGUACUUGAUCCCGACCUGGAAGCGAAGACCCGUGGCGCCGGCGAAUGAAACGGAAGUAGAGUUCGCGGUCCGGAUGGACGAGGAGACGAAUGCUGACACGAACGCGGUUUUGCGGUACGUGCGGUCUCUGAUUUCGCACAGAAACGACGCGAUUGUGCGGCAGAAGCGACGUGCCGGAGACGGCGGUGAACAACCGCAUGACUCAAGAACGAUUGACGACAUAGGACAGGAGCAAAGCAGCACCGUACGAAUUAACGACGGGCGUGCUCCGGUGAAAAAAGUUCGGAUUGAGGCCGCGGAACCGAAGAAGAAAAAGAAACGCAAAUCCUCGAUGGAUGACACCUGCACAACAACAGGGAAAAAGAAAAAAAAGAAGAAAAAACGCGAAAAGUUGGAGGGACUUGACGACAGUCAAAGGGAAGGAAGCAGGGAAAGAACUGCCUCAAGAAGUAGGAACAAAUCUUCCAAUAAACGGCGACAUGAUCAUACAACUGGGGCGUCUGGCUCAGGAGCCGCGCCAUUUUCCGGCGCAGCAUCCUCUGCACGCCCUCCCUCCCCCAAGCUCCAACGCCGGCCCGACGGCGACGGGCUUGACGUCACGCUCGACUUGGGCCUCGAAGUUGCGUCGGUGUCUUCAAGUAGAAUCCAUGAAGACCGUGAAGAUGAAACUUCUGCACCACCAAUCCUUCUGAAGGUUUCCAUGAAUGUGUCGUCGUCCGCCAGUUCUGGCGAUGUAGAGGAACCACAACCGGGAACCAAAUCUCUGCCAAAAAAAGAAGCGAUCGGCGCGUAUUCUACACCAGCUUCGCCGAUCACAAAGUACACGAUGUCCGUUCAGGAUGGCAUCCACGACGUUUCCCUCGACCCGCCCGAGGAGUGGCGCGAGCAGCUCGAGCGCGAGUACGAGGCAAAGCGAAGACUGGAAGAGGACUACACGCAUGUCUACGAGAAGAUUGCGGAUCCGGAUUUCGAAAAGCUCACGUCCGCGCGCAUUUUCGGGUCGCCGCGGAUGUCCCCGAACAGCCGGCGACGAAUGCGGCGCGCGGUCGAGUACUACUUCGACGCAUACGGCAACGUGGUCGACGGGAAGGCGCUGGAACGGGUUUCGAACUGUCCCACACAGGUGUCCAAAGCCUACGUGCGGAAUUUGACGAACGAUGUGUACACGAGAAUCAUGACGGAACGGAUCAUGCAGGAGCAACUCACCCUGUUUCAGUACAACUUCUACCGCUACCGUGUGGUCCCGCCGUACCUGGCGAAUUUGUACGAGACGCAAAUCGACGACAUGAUCCGCAAGGCGUUUGUGAAGAAAAAUUUGAAGGAGGUGUAUCUCUACUCCCUUGCGAUGUGGCGCAAGAUCGAGGACGAGCGGCUGGCGGAGCUCGCGGAAAAACGGCGUCGGGAGGCGGAGGAGGAUAUGCAAUGUAAAUUUCCCGUACAUGUAUAAAAUGCAUGACAAAUUCCGCUAACUUGCAGUGUACAACUUGUCAUGCUAGACUAGGAUUGAAGGCAAGUUUUGCUUUUGUCAUGCAGAGACUGCAUUUGUACGGGAAAUUUACUGUGGAUAGAGGAAAGAAAGCGGUUAGAGCGGGAGCAGAGAAUGCGCGAGGUCGAAGAAAUCUUGCUCGGACGGUCGCCGACAGACGGGCAAGAGCAGAAUGUCGUGACCUCGCUAGCGGACACGUCCAAUCUCGAGGAAUUGCGUGUCGGGCUCGGCGACCCGGUUCUAAGCCCAAGGGUGGAUCUCGGCGCGGCUGGUGGUGGCGGUGAUAGAGAUAGCACCGCGGCCUUUGGGACGAUGACGAGCCGACGGGGAUCUCCGCGGCAGAAGCCGAGACACUACAAGGAGUUGCUGGAGCAGCAAGCGCAAGCGGAGUCACUGCUAGAUGAUGACUUUGGAGAUGUGUUGCAGCGGUAUUCGGAGCAUUUGGAGUACGACACGCGGCACCAGGAACUGAAAGCGUCAAUCAAUCAAGUGGAGGAAGAGGCUCGGCGUGCGAAGGAACUGGUGUCGCAGAUGAACACUGAUGUCGCGAACAGAAAGCUCGAAUCUACUUCGCAAGAUCUCAGCACAGGAGCGAGCAAGGCCAGAUCCCCUGCCGCAGCUCCGAAAAAAUCUUACUACAGUUUUCUUCCCUCGAUCUUCGAACUCGCAUGGCAGGAGAUCUACGAUAGGGAAGUGAUGCGGGCGGAAUUGAAGCUGAUGGCGGCGGAGGAUCGGGACAUUUUGACGGAAGAUGAACUACGGCGACUGGCGGAGGAAGAGGAGCUGCGAAAGAGAGGCUUGUUGGAAAAGCAGGAGUUCGCGAAAGUGUUGCUUUCUUUCUUGUACCGGAUUGUCAUCGACAAGAUGACUGCGGAGCAGGGGGUUGGAACGGAGCUUGUUGACGGCGUCUUGUUGAACAUGAACAACUACUUUUUGGAUGAAAAAGACACGUUUGAAAUUCUCGCUAAAAGUGACCGGGAACGAAACGAGCAGUAUCGAAACAUGCUCGCAGGGCAAGAAGAGCAUCAAGGGACAGUACUACAACAAGACGACGCAGCGACAGUUGCUUUCGGCGAGACAGCUUUCAGUUGGGACCAGAAUGUCACACUGCAACUUGACCCUGGCACAGCUGGUGUUCUCGGCGAAACAGGAGCCCCGCCAGCGGGGUUCGGAGAUGAAGAGGACCCGAACCAAGCAUUCGCCGACCGUGGCGCGCCAACAUCAACUCUCCAGCUCAGCAACACAACUUUGUUUGAUCAUGAUGUUGCGCAGCAGCAGCAGCACCACGAUCCACAUGCGGCACUUUUCGAGCACGCUCUGGACUAUCCGAUCCCCCCGGCCUGGUUUGAGAACCUGGAGCAAAACGAAGUUCAAUCCGUAGUCGGCGUCAACAGUGCUUCCGACGCCAGUUACUUCGAGCACGAACAUGAGUACCUCGUCAUCCGCGCGGUUGCGACGGUGUACGUGGAUUACUUGACCGAUCCGAAAAAGCGCAUAAACGGGGAGAUGGUAGAUCUAGCGAAAUCCCAAGCCGAGUCGAUCCGCAUGAUGCAGGACGAAUUGAGGCGCUUAAGGGACAACCUCCGGAUGCACGGGCUGCUUGGCGCGGAGAGUCAAACGGGCUUAAUUCCGGACCACUUGCUCAUUGGGGGAGAGCAAGACGAGAGCAUGCAAAACCUCUUCCGCACCGACACAGUCCCGUGGCGCAACGCAACGAAGAUCCAAGCCUGGUUUCGGGGUAUUCUCGGGCGCAGGAUCUACAAAGAGGCGCUGUUCCGAAAACUCCGGUGGAAGUACAAUCGCAUCCGGACCGGCAUUGCGUCCGCACGGAACCGCGACUCGCCUCUGGGCUUCAACCCGUUUGUCUACCACUUGCCAGUGAUGAACAACGUCGGAAUUCAAGCGGAAGAGGCCAGCGGGGUAAAUUCUUCGAUGUUUGCUGAAAUGCUGGAUGGCGCGGCGAGGCAAUUAUUUCCUCCAGAAGGAGAACGAGACAAUGUGAACAGCAGACCGGAUUUUUCCAGCCAGGAACUUGUAAACCAGGGAAGCAAAGCAAGUGCGAGUGCCCAGGAAGACGAUCUGCAAAUUGGUGUAGUCCUUGACGAGGACGAUGAUGGCGACCACGAGCUCGAGCGCGUCGGCUCCGACGCGAUUCCAGGGAUGAGUGCGAGUGCUGCCGGCCGGCCCACCAGUGCGCACCCCUCGCGAUUACGAACCGUGGUGCGCACGCAAAUUGCGUUGCGGCGGGACGGCAAGCAGGGAACGCAGGAAAGCUCGGCGAGUCUUGGCGACCCCGGGAUCGACGAUGACAUGCUCGAUGUUGCACACCUCGACGGGAGGAAUUUGACACAGAAAAACUUGCCAUUCCAUAUCGGCGCCGACAACUACGAUUUGUUUUCUUUGGCAGCAGAUGACUACGACGACUUCGACGCGCUGGAAACGGAAUCAGGUCCGGCGGUUCUGCUUGUCCCGUCUCCUACGCUUGAUGAUGCUGACGACCCGCUGAUGGCCAGUUUGGGACGGGAUCGGUUCUUAGGUACGAUGCACAAUGGGCAAAAACUGGGGGACCAGGCUGCGUUUCUUCCAGAGCAUCAACAUGUAACGAGUCAGCAGGAAGAUCAUGAUCAAGGCCUCGACCCAGGCGAUCCUGACGCAAGCGCGACCGAAAACAACACGAAGAAGCGACCGGAGCCUUUCUUCCCCACCCUCAUUUCGCAUCAGGACUUUUCUCCUCGCUAUGCACUUCGCCAGCGCGGGGCCCGGUCCGCUCCGAGCUCGCCGCGUUUGGCCUAUCGAAGGCGGCGCUUCUACGCCGAGCGGUCGCGCGAUCCGUCGUCAAAGUAUCCGCAUUACGCUUUUGCGGAGGAGCCAUCGCAGGAGGAUCCACGAGUGCCGAGGUGCCUCUGUCUGCUUUCGGUCGUGACAAUUUACUCUUGUUCGGUGUGUUUUCGAAUUCGGACGAGCUAGCGAUUUAUAUACCGAAUCCAUAUCCAACUCAACUUGACAUAAACAGGUUCUCCACGGCGUUUAUCGAGCAAAAUUACCCCUUCGCUCUGUACACACCUGUUUCCUCGUCAGCUGGCGACUCGCAGUCACAGGGCGAGCCACCGCCACCCGUGGAGAUUCACUACCUGCAGGACUUGCUGAAGUAUGCAUUUGAAUUGUCGAUGCGAUCAUUUCAAUUUAUCAUUUGCAUUUCUAAGAAUGAGUCAUCGUUUCAGUUUUCUGUUUUCAAAAUAAAGUCAAUAAACGAUCGGCUUUAUUUGCUUUUCAUUUUGUUCAAAACGAUAAAAUACUAUCAGGUCCGAGAUCAUCGAUAGUCGCCGCACGUCUGAGAUAUCAGAAGUCAAAGAUUUCUUGGAAUUUCUGGACCAUGACUUCUUCAUGCACCCGGUUCCCGUGGAAGAUCGUGUUUUGGACCUGCAAUCCCUCGUUGGAGCGGUGAAAAAAAUCGUCCGAAAAGUCUUGACGGGCGGCAAGUACAACAAAAGUUUAUCCUCCGCCGCAUUGGAAAUCGUUGCGCAGCGGCAUCCCUUGGGCGAGGAGAAAGAAAUCACUAGCGCGGAACGCCGGAAGAAGCAGAAGAUGAGCAAAAUGGCCAGUGUCGACAAUAUCGGCGAAGCCAAGGCAGAAAAUGAAAACGUGAUGAAGAAGACAGCGCUUGAACAAGAAGUGGAAUCCUGUCGUGCACUCUUUUCCGCCACCGAGCUUGACCUGCUUUCCCGUCUGCUACCCUUCUGGCGCAAAGUCGCGGCCACCGUCGCAGCGGACGCCGACCUGCAACAAACAAAAGCGAAAAGGAAAGACGACAGCGACAGUGAAAGUAGAAUUUUCGGGGAAGAGAAGAACUUCCUCGAUUUUCUGCUGAAUCUCCGAACCACACUGGAGCGCCUGGUCGUCCAGCACAACGACGGACUUUUGAAAGGCGUUGCGACGGACUUCAUGGACACUCCAAGACGCAAAGCAUUUGAGAAGAGGAAAAAGCAGAAACUUCGCAGACUCGGCCUGCCGACGAAAAAACACGUAAAAAAGAGCUUUGCCUCGCCCCGCGGAGGCGGGGGCGAUGACCUUCCCUACAGUGCGAAAUUAUUCCCGCUCUCAACCUUUCUGUCCGACCGCGGUGGCGACAGCUCAUCAUCGUCCUCGGACGCAGGCCCCGGCCGGCACUUAGCCUCACAGGAAGCAAGUGUGGAGCUCUGGGCUGCGUCGCGCAGCCGACACGGUUUCUCUGUCUCUGACGCAGGUGGAGAGGACCAUGAGUACAACUACUACGACCAGGAUCGCUCGACUUUUGAGCAGCAGUAUGCGGAAAAUCAAAAUGAUCACGAAAGAGAGCAGAUCGACCGCCGGUUAAACCGCGGCUUGAAAUCCGUGUACACGAAGCGACCGUUGAUGAAGUGGUACCGCGAAACGCACCCGAUCCCGAACGCAGAUGCUUUUGCACGAAACUUGGUUCGGGCGAGACGUGUGGUGAACCGCGAGGAGAAAAUCGACACGAUUAUCGAGAAAGAGCUGCAAAAUCCGGAGGAAACUGUGAUUAGCGAAUUCCUGACGAAACAGGAAUUAGAGCAGAAAAACAACGACUACUACGACCGACGGGAGAAGCGGGCGCUGUGGCAAGAAGAUUUUGCGCAGCAAUCUGCGAGGCGAUCAGCGCGGGGAGAAUUGCAACAGCUUGGGCACGCCGAAGAGGUGGAGUUUCUUCGUCAUCUGAUCGCGCCGUACGGGGCAAAGACGGAGGCACGAUUCCUCCGGCCGCCGUCUUUGAAGACGAAAUUCGGUAUGGGGAUGACGACGGAGAGUUCUACUGCGGGACAGCCACGAGCAGUGCGGUUUGAGACGCAGACCCAGAAGCAAAAUCGGGAACGGAGUCCCCCGGGAGAGAUCGUCAAGGAGGAACUACUUUCGGUGGAGCUGUCGCAAGAAAUGCCAACAAAUCUCCGGUCCAAAACAGAACAGUCCCUCUGCGAAGACGACUUUCUGGCGCACUUCGCUCGCGAAGACCACAUUUUGUCUGCGCGGCGACGGAAGAAACAGGACCAGAAGCGGGAGUUGUUUGAGCAGAACAAUUUAGACCGUAGAGGCCGGAGCCAGCAGCUCCACACGAGAGCAGGCGCAUCUUCAGCGGCAUCGUUUCAAAAUGGCCGUAGUCCCGUGCAAGAGCGAGCGGCAGUAAGCGAAUUGGAAUCCGCCGUCGUCACCGAUUUUUUGCACCGAACGGCGCAGCGAAGAACUUCUCCUCCGCGCGUGCUUUUUCCCGUGUCGCAGCAAGUAGUUUCCGGCUCACCUCCGAAGCAGGCAAAUGCCGACUACAGGCACGAGCUGCGACUGGGCCAGAGUCCGGACCUCUUCCAGCGCCAGACACUCGGCAGCGCGCUCCAAGACGCCUUGCAGCAAGCGAAAGGCCGGUCGGUAAAGGACGCUGUCUUGUCCGAAAAAGCUGGCAGGGAUGAGUUGUGAGCCCUUGCCGUAGCAGGUGUGGGUCUGCUCGAGUCGUACAGGAACAGCUUGGGCAGAACGCAUUUGCACCCAAUAAAACCCUCUCUGUAAAAUUUAAAUUCAUAACCUAUAUCAACUACGGCUGAAGCGCAAAAAUGUAUAUUGUACCUACUUGUUACUAUACUUACUUAGCUUGCGAGUCUUCACCUUUUUUAUUCAGUCUUACUUGCUAAACAGUCAUCGAGCAAACAGAAGCACAAAUGAAUGAUUCGGUAAAACCUACACCACAGUGUGGCCGUCCCUGCAUGUUUUUGUUUUGCGUAUACGGUUUUUACGAUUUUUUGCACAAAGACGAAAAGAGAGUCACGCCGGCACGGUCGAACCUCACGCCUUCGACGCUGUUUCUGACUUUGAUGAGGGUGUACAGUACUUCUUGUUGCUACCGUUGCCUUUUUUGACUCCUCUCUUUCUCGUGCAACUGCAAAGAUCUUGUCCCAUUCAUUUUUCGAAAGCUUUAUCAGCACUGCACGGCUGACAUGAUUACGUUGAGCUUAUUGUUGGCGUUGAGCAUGAUGCUGGAGCUGCGAUAAUUUACGCAUGUACAAUGAUAGAUUCGGGAGUCCCUUUGUAACAAAUACAAAACGAUGUACGACCUGCAUGAUAUGUCCUACACCUCAAGCGAGCUGAUUUUAAUGAGAGACCACAGCGGCACAGUUUCAAU